GGCCCCUCGCUGGGCGCGAAUGGGAAUCAGGGCGGCGGAGGCGGCGAGCGGCUCUCCCUGGCGCUGCCGCCCCUGAAUGCCGCCGCUGCCGCCGCCGCCGCCKCCGGGCUCCUCUAUAUAUGAAGGCGAUGAAGGCGCCUCCGCCACGUGGCCUCGAAGCCCCAGGCUGGGAGGAGGAAGAAGAAGAAGAGGAGGAGGACGAAGAGAGGAGGAAGAAGAGGAAGGCGGCGGCGGCCGGGAGAAGGCGCGAGUGCGGGCAGUGAGCUCCCGCCGAUGGCCAUGAGCUGCUCGGGCGUGGCGAGGCACCUCCCGCCGGUCCAAGAAGAGGCGGCGGCUGCGGCGGCUUCAAUCGCGCCCGGUCAACAGAGUAAAAUAAUUGUAUACCACAAGAUGCAGGACUCUCUGGAAGUGACACUUCCCACUAAGCAAGAGGAGGAAGAGAAAGAUCAGCCUACCGAGAUGGAGUACAUUAACUCUCGCUGCGUCCUUUUCACUUACUUUCAGGGAGACAUUGGAUCAGAAGUGGAUGAACACUUCUCAAGAGCUUUAAACCAAGCCAGCAGCUUCAGUCAGGAGACUACCAUUUCAAAAAGUAAAACAGGGCUAAACCCGCUAUGGCGAGAGAAUUCAGCAAUAGCAAGCCAUAGGAGUGGCUUUCCAGCUUCAUUUUGGACCAGUUCUUAUCAGACUCCUCCAUGUUUAAGUGGAGUCCAUCACGAUUUCCAAGUUACUGCACCAGGCACCUUCUCAACAGCAGACCCCAGUGGCUGGCCAUCACAUGCCCUGCAUCAGACUGCUCCACCUCCUCCACCUAGCAUGUCAGAAUCUUGGCAUUAUCCAUUAGCAUCUCAGGUGAGCCCUUCCUAUGGACACAUGCACGAUGUGUACGUGCACCACCACCAUCCACAUAUGCAUCACCACCAUCACCGCCCGGCUUCGCACCUUGAUCCACGAUACAGACCUUUGCUGAUGCCAUCAGUUUGUGCAGCCAGAAUUCCUUCACCACAGUGUGACACAACAAAGACAGACCCUUCUGCAGUUACCAGUGCUACCUCAGCAUGGGCAGGAGCCUUUCAUGGAACAGUUGACAUUGUGCCAAGUUUUGGGUUUGACACAGGCAUCCAACAUCAGGACAAAAGUAAGGAAACAUCUUGGUUCUGAAUUAUUGGUGGCUCUUACGAGAAAUCCAGAAUUCUCACCUUCAUGAAAGGGAUACUGUGGUCUUUGUCAGAGUUGCACCAGACAUACUGCCGAGCAGAGAGAUGAUAAACCAACCAGCUGUGAUUUCAUACUUAAGCCUUUAUCUUUGGAAGGCCAUUUCGAAAUCCCAGAAUGUUGAAAAGAAAGAAGAGAAAGCUAAAUACUUCUUGUAGUAUAUCAUUGUCAUCUGAGCCUGUGGCAGCAUCCCAGCAACAUGAUGUCUUUUGACUCCUUCUAACUGUGUUUUGCUUGGUUGUGUGUUGUGUGCACCAAGACACAGCCUUGAUUGUCAGGAGGGACCUAGCCUUGACCAGCAGGCAUCCUUCAGGAAUACAGUUUUUGUAGCUCUUUUGUGCAUUUAUUUUUGUAGUAAUACAGAAAGUUUGCAUAAGCAUCGGUGGGCUAUUUUAGACCAAUGUAAUAUUUUUAAAAUUUAAAGUUUAAAAUUGUUCUGUUCUGUUUAAAGAACUUGCUUGCAGAGAUGCACUGCCAAAAACUUUUUAAAUGCAUAGUUUAUAGAUGUCCGAUGUGCUUGUAUGAGAUUUUGUUGUUAUUUGCUAAAAUACUUGGCCAUUCUGAAAUGGUUCAUAUAACAAGAUCUUGAAUGUACUUUGCCUUUUGCUUAUGUAAUUAUUCAAAUGCAAAAUAGUUUUUAUGGCAGAGCUCUAUCACUGAAUUUUUCAAAAAAUUACUUUGCUGCUGUUGAAGACAAUUUUGAGUUAAGAGAGAUGAUGAGAAAAUAUCUGAAAUAGCAAGGCUCCAUUUCGUGUUUGAAAAUGAAAAUAAUAAGCACAGAGUUAGGAUAUAUGUACACUGUAUAUAAUUAUUAUUUAACACACUUUUACACCACUUCAAUUGUGAUGGCUCAAUGCUGUGAAAUCAUGGGAGUUGUAGUUUUACAAGGUGCUUAGCCUUCUCUGCCAAAAUACUGAUGCCUCAUCAAACUACAAUUACUAAGAUCCUGUGGCAUUGAGCCAUGACAAUUAAAAGUGAUGUCAAACUGCAUUAAUUUUUACAGCACACAUGCACCCUGAGUUUUAUCUUUUAAACUGGUUUCAGUUUAAAAUUGGCUGGGAGCUUUAUGAGAUCUAUGGUUCCUAAAGAAAUGCAUUCAAGCUCUGUGGCAGCUGCCCUCCCUUAAAUGUCCUGUUUUCUGACUCUGUGAUACUUCCUUUUUCUUUUCACCAACUCCCAUCUGUAACUCCUAGAACAUCUAGUUGGGCUUUCAAAGGACCUCAAAUGAUGUCCAGUGGAGUUUGAAAGAUUCAUACACUGAUUUGAAUGUAGAGAAAAUCAUUGGGUUCAUCAAUAAGGCUUGUAUAAUGGAAUAUAAAGCCUAUAAGAUGCAGCACAGAAUUUGUAAGGGCAGUUAUGAGCACAUCACAGCAAGUUGUUGCUGCUGCACCGUUUUGGGGAUAGCACCUCAUAGAUCUUACACUACAGUCAUACAGAUGUCUACUUAUAUAUAUACAGCUCUAUAAACAGACUACAUGUUGGUUUACAGCCUGGCUCUUCUCCUGUAAGCUGCUACUGUUAUGGAAAGUCAUAGGGAAGUCAUUUCUUGGAAGUCAACGAGGCUAAUUAGAACUGAAUUAAUUUCAGUUAGAAACAAAUGAAAAGGAAAUCUAUGGUUGGAACAGAUUCUGUAGUUAUCCAUAGGAGAAGUUUCCACUAAUGGUAGUUGUAUUGACAAUGAGGCCUCCUUUCUGUGAAAACUUUGUAUAUUGAAAAAAAACAGUGCUAUUAAAUACUGGAAUAUAAUUA